GGUAAAGCUCAGCAGACAAACACAUUCGCUGCUGGAGAGAGAGAGAGAGGGAGAGAGAGAGAGAGAGGGAGAAAGAGAGGGAGAGAGAGAGGGAGAGGUUAAUGCUGAGAGUGACUCAGUUGUGUCACGCAGAUCCAGAAUUCAGCAGCAAAGCCCAGCAAAACAUCCUCACUGUGAAGAAAAUGUGACUGAAUCAGCUCUGAGAGGCUGUGGACUGAAUAAUGUUAAGAGUGGAUGCACAUAAACAGCUGUUAUAGGUGUGUUCAUUUCCCCUCUUUUAUGACUGUAAAAAAUAACUGCAUCAGUGGAUGAAAAAAGCCAUGAAGUUUAUCCAGCUGUGGGCCGUCGUCCUCCUCGCUCUGCACUUCACAUCUGCAAAGAAUGCAGGCGCCCAGAGUCUGUGGGGUUUAAAGGCCGUCCUGCAGCGGUCAGGCUGUCAGUACUGGACGCUCAAACCUGACCACUCUCUGCCUGCUCUGGAGGAGUUCAGUGUUUGUGUGAAUGUCCAGAGGAGCAUCAAUAAUUCCGCCUGGACGGCCUUCACCUACCUGCACCCGGAUCAGAGCCGGGUGGAGCUGGGGCUGGGUGGCCGCAGCGGGAAACUGCAUAUUUGGCUGUUUGGAAUGUACUGGACAGCGCCGGACACGUUGACCGUGGGUCAGUGGUGCUCAAUCUGCAUCACCUGGUCGUGCUCCAUGAAGCAGCUCCAACUUUUCAUCGACGGCAGCAACGCUGUGGUGAUGGACGUCCAGCCUGAAGGUUCAGCCUGCGGACUGACCGCCGCUGGGUCUCUCACUCUGGGGGCGGCCCAUUAUUUCACCGGAGGGAAGAUGGAGGUGGAAAGCGGGACGAACCUGCAGGGAAACGUAACUUUGUUCCGGGUUUGGGGAAAAAUCCGGAGCCCGGAGCUUCACUCGGCCCACUCCUGCACUGACGGAGACACACUCAGGUGGCACGGCGGAGUGUGGAACACUCACACCUGUCCGGCUGAGAGAGACGACGCGCUGACGUGCGCCUGGUCUCUGUACGAGGUUAAAGUUGGACUCCUCAUUCUCCACUCCAGCGGAAACAUCAACAGUUACGAAGCCCGAGAAAUCACACAUUACUGGCUAAGGUGUGUGCUUCCAUCAAACAUUUACUUGCACAGAGUCGUCGUAUCUCCAGUGCCAAGCUCUGCUGAAUCCCACAGGAAAAGAAGAGAUGACGAACGGAAUCUGUGGAACAACCCCCAAGCCAGAUGGUUUGAUGCUUUGGCUCAUCUCACUGUGAUUCCCAGCGAUGAUGUUGGAAAAGUUCAGGACUUGGUUCAUGAGCGCCUCAGGGAUGAGUUUCAUACGGCCGAGUACGACCUGUACACACACAGGGAGUUUCUGCACAUUUAUUCUAUUGAUGGCGAUGAAGUUCCUAAAUCAACCUCAAAACCAAUCAACUCAACGCCCAAACCACCCAUCACAACCACUAUACUGGAUACAACCUCAACACAAGAUACAACCACAACACCAGAUACAACCACAACCACAACACCCGAUACAACCACAACCACAACACCCGAUACAACCACAACACCAGAUACAACCACAACACCCAGCACAACCACAACACCCAGCACAACCACAACACUAGAUACAACCACAACACCCGGCACAACCACAACACCCGGCAUAACCACAACACCCAGCACAACCACAACACCCGGCACAACCACAACACCCGGCAUAACCACAACACCCAGCACAACCACAACACCCGGCAUAACCACAACACCCAGCACAACCACAACACCCAGCACAACCACAACACCAGAUACAACCACAACACCCAGCACAACCACAACACCCGAUACAACCACAACCACAACACCAGAUACAACCACAACACCCAGCACAACCACAAAACCAGAUACAACCUCAACACCCAGCACAACCACAACACCAGAUACAACCACAAAACCAGAUACAACCACAACACCCAGCACAACCACAACACCAGAUACAACCACAACACCCAGCACAACCACAACACCAGAUACAACCACAACCACAACACCAGAUACAACCACAACACCCAGCACAACCACAACACCCGAUACAACCACAACACCAGAUACAACCACAACACCCAGCACAACCACAACACCAGAUACAACCACAACCACAACACCAGAUACAACCACAACACCAGAUACAACCACAACACCCAGCACAACCACAACCACAAAACCAGAUACAACCACAACACCCAGCACAACCACAACACCUGAUACAACCACAACACCAGAUACAACCACAACACCCAGCACAACCACAACACCCAGCACAACCACAACACCAGAUACAACCACAACACCCAGCACAACCACAACACCCAGCACAAGACCUGGCACAACUUCAACACCCAGCACAACCAAACCAUCAUUGUCUCCAGUUUUUCCUCCAGCCACAGACAGUUUCUUCAAGGUCAGUGUGAACGUAACGAUUGGGGGAUCAGGUGUAGACCCUGCAGACACUAUUCAGACAUGGCUUUACGGAACUCUCUCUACCAAAAGGAUAUCUGUGCUAAACUUCCAUCUCACAUCCCCACAAACAAGAACUGUCCGUUUGAAGAAACGCAGCUACGAAGCGAAAGAGGCUCUUUUCAUCACUGAAGAAAGCCACAGCUGUGUGUUUCAGAUGCUCGUGCCUGGGUGCUCUAAUGUAGAGGAGACUCAGAGACAGAUCCACGACCUGCUGGAGAAGCCCUACAGCAACGGCAGCGUGAGCCUGGACGCUGAUCCAGAGGACAUCCUCAUAUCACACAUAGAGCCCGGUCUUUGCCCUCAGCUGACCCAGCAGACUCGGCAGGGUCGGUACGUUUGGCCCUGGACUCCGGCUCAGCGCACAGCCUGGCAGCGCUGUGAGGCAGAUAAGGACAGCCUGGCCUACCGCCAGUGUUUGCUGAGUGCGGAGACGAGUCAGGCUGCCUGGGUUCCUCCAGAGCUGCAGCGCUGCCCCACUGUGGUGGCCACCAUCUCAGACCUGGAGCAGAUUGAAGUCACCAAAGACACCGCUGAGGAUGUCCUGCAGAUGAUUGUGGACCUACUGAAAGAGCAUGACUCUCUGGAUAAGUGUGACCUGCAAACAGUGCUAACCAAGCUGCAGGAAGUGCUGAACAUCACCGCGGUGACACCUGCCCUCGCUGAGGUCAUCGUCAGCAUCAUGUCCAACAUCUUGAACUCAAAGAGUGACCUGCAGCCCUUCACUAACGACAUCCUGAAUAUUACAGACACAGUUGGAGACAAAAUGUCAGAUUUCAGUGGAGAGUCGGUCAGUGUUGUGGCUCCAGCAUUGGCCCUGUCUGUGGUCAGUGUUGACCCUGAAAACGUCCACAAUCUGACAUUUGGAGUCACUUCAGUGAAUGACGGUCCAUAUCCAACGAUUUAUAUCAAUAAGGAUCCGUAUGAGGGGACGGUGGCGUUUAUCUCUCUGCCUCCAGCUCUACACGCCAGCUUUCCCCAAAAUAACCGCACAAACCCCCGCGUUCAGUUCCAGUUUUACGGGGUUCCGGCGCUCUUUAAGGACGGGGAGGGAGGUCAAACUCUGAACACGUAUGUGGUGUCGGCGAGUGUGAUUAACGCUGCAGAACCUGUGGAGAACCUGAAGGAGCCGGUCAUCGUCAUCCUCCACCAUCUGGACACUCAGAUAACUGGUAAAGAGGUUCACUGUGUGUACUGGGAUUUUAAUAAGAAUGACGGCUGUGGAGGUUGGAGUCGGAGAGGCUGCUGGAAACAUAACGUCACCCCUGAAUACACAACCUGCAUGUGUGACCACCUCACACACUUCGGAGUCCUGCUGGAUGUGUCCAGGACUCCUGUUGAUGAGGAAAAUGAGAAAAUUCUCACCGUCAUAACGUAUGUCGGCUGUGGACUGUCCUCGUUCUUCCUGGGCGUUACGGUGCUGACCUAUUCUCUGUUAGACAAGUUAAGGCGAGAUUACCCGUCUCAGAUUCUCCUGAAUCUCUCCGUCGCUCUCCUGGGUCUGAACCUCGUGUUCCUCACCAACUCCUGGUUCUCAGCCUUCGCCAUUUACGGCCUCUGUGUUGCCGUAGCGACAGCUCAGCACUACUUCCUGCUGGCCUCCUUCAGCUGGAUGUUCCUGGAGGCGGUGAAUAUGUACUUCGCUCUGGUGAAGGUUUUUAAUGUCUACGUUCCGUCCUACAUCCUCAAGUUCUGCAUCGUUGGCUGGGGACUUCCUCUGGUGAUAUGCUGCCUGGUGCUGGUAGUGAAGCAGGAGGCCUACGCUGUAGCUUCGCUCAUUGAUGACCAGGACACUCCGGAGGAUUCUGAGAUGUUCUGCUGGAUUCAGGACGACGUGGUGUUCUUCGUGUCUGUGGUGGGCUUUGUUGGCCUCGUCCUGCUCUGCAACUUCUCCAUAUUCCUGGUGGUUCUGCUGCAGAUGAGGAAGAUGCGUGUGAAUCAGCCGGCAGGGACGCACCGCAGCCUGCUGAAGGACCUGAGAGGCGUGGCCAGUUUCACCUUGCUGCUUGGACUCACCUGGGCCGUGGCCUUCUUCACAUGGGGUCCGGCCAAGGUCCCUCUGCUCUACCUGUUCUCCAUCCUGAACAGCCUGCAAGGUUUCUUCAUCUUCAUCUUCCACUGUCUUAUGAAGGAGAACGUGCGUAAACAGUGGAGAAUCCACCUGUGUUUCGGACGCUUUAAACUUCACGACCAGUCAGAUUGGAGCCACACUCCAACAGUCAUUGCCAAACCCAAACCCAGCCAGUUCCCAAAGUUCCCCACGGUGGCUUCAUUCAGGUCCAGUAAGUCCAACUCCACUCAGAGCUCAUCGUUGUCCUCAGACUCCAGCCAGCGCCAGGUCUCCAUCAGGAGACCCAACCUGGAUGUGAUGUAUCAGCAGAGUCUGGUUCUGCCCCGAAUCCAUCUCACAUCCUCUGCGCUCCCCAGCGCUCAUGCUAAUGCUAAUCUCCCUGAGGCCGACGGAUAUGAGAUCCAUUCCUGGAUUCCUGAAGAACGAUCCAGCUGCGACAUUCAUUACAACUAAAUCUGAGUUUGUGUUCUUUCGUUUAUAUUGUGAUUUCAGAUUUUUGAUGAUUUGUAAGGACUUUGUACUGUAUUAGCAGAUGUUCAUAGCAUAUACUCAGUCUUUAGCUAUAGCUGUGGCUGCAUUAGCUACUUUAGCACCUUGUUUGUUCUGUCUUGAGUCUGUUUUAAUGAGCUGUAUGUUAAAAUACUUUAUACAA